AUGGAAGCCUCUCUUCCAUCCAGCUCCAAGGCGACGAAGAAGGGUGGAUGCCAGUCCUCUGAUCCACCCCUCAACGACGCUGGAUAUGAGCCUGACGGAGACGAUUCGCCUAACGAAGACACCGAAGUGGAGGUCAUCGUCAACGACUCCGAUCUGAACAUGCCCUCCAACCGCCAACGUCCUCCGCCUAGGCGAGAGGCCGACAUGAGCUCCAUCAUCAACACGGCCCAGAGGGCCGAGCUCAGCACCCUGAUCGAGGCCAUUAUGGAAAAGAUCAGCACUCAAGUCCAGAAGCCUUUCACCUUCCUCAGCCACCCUGCUGCUCAGAAGAACCGUGUUCAGGUCUGGAACUAUGCUCCCGUAAUGGAGGCUGCCGUCGCUUCUGUCGAUCCUGCCGCUGGACCUCCAACUAACGGCGUCGUGGUUUAUGGAUACUGCAAGCCUAGCAUGUCGGUCCAGGAGCUAGACGAUGCCGGAGUCUGCCCAGAUCCAGGUGAGACCGAGGCCACUCCAGAUCCUGAAAAAGUCCAAGGCCAAGACGCAGGCGAUGCCGAUCAUGGUGCUGAUGAUGACGACGGCAAAGCCCCUUUCGUUAUCAUCCCCGAAAUCGGUGCCAACAGCGUCGAGGCUACGGUUCCGUCUAUGUCUGAGCUGCAGAAGGAUGUCAGCUCCUACUUUGGCAAGUGGAAGGCCGCUUUUCAGAAGCGAUUCAAUGACUUCGUCGUUCCCAAGUUCGCCAACUCCAGUGCUGGACCGCCCGGGCAAGGCCAGGGCCCUCCUCGUGGAGGUGCGGUUGGAGCUGGUGCUUCAGGUAGAACCCAGCAGCCACAACAAGCGAUCAGAGGCAUUGCCUAUCAGGCCGACUUGAAUCUGAUACGACGUUUCCCGCCAGCUCAGACGCCCCUGACCACUCUCCCUGUUGACAAGAGACGCCUUCUCCUCCAUUCAAUAAUGCUCAUGUUGCUGUCUACCGAGCACUACAUCGCAUACUCCCACAUAUUCAUGAUGUACCUCGCGUCCUCACUGCACAUUCCCAUGUACGCCUUGAUUGAGGACGAGAACCGAGUUGCCCAAAGCCUUGGCAAGAUCUACAAGACGCUGUGCGACGAGUCAGAGAAGUGUGAGGCCGAGGAACAGAAGAAGGUGGAGGAGCUCAAGAAGGCAAAUGAAUGCAAGAAAUCGGAUGCUGUGGAGCAUACCGACACCACGGAUGCCGAGGAGAUCAAAGCGGUCCAGGAGACCAAGCAGGUCCAAGGAACCAAGCCGGUCAAGGACACCAGGCCCCUCAGGAAGUAUCGCCCGGUCACGAACCCAGUCCAGGCCGGCACUACCCUCCUCGCAGCUGGCCUGGGCAUGAUGCCUGCUGGACAAGGUCUCCCAGCUGUCAGCCUUCCGCCUGUCACAGUGGCCAAUCUCCUCGGUUCUUUGAGUGAUAAUGAGAGCGCGCUUGCCACGUUUUUCGGAGUUAACCCCAACCGGCCGUCCACCAAGUCCAUUGACAGCUUUGCUCUCACCCUUCAAGACAUCAGUUUCAUUCCACUGCACGGUCCCGAGGAAUCUGGCUUUCAAAACCAGAAGGACGUUGCUCCCGAGGACCGGCGAAUGCGUCUCGUCUUGUGUGUCAAUGGCCUGCUUACGAAUAAAGACGAUGUUGGUGGCCACUGGAAGAAGCUGGGGUCUCAGAACGAGACAUACAUUGUUCGCUGGGAGACCGAGACUCUUGAAAAGAUUGGAAGCGCCUUUGAAACUUUGCUCAAGAGUAAGGCAUGGGCUGAGUGUCAGAAGGAGCUCAACCGCACACCCAUCCUCACCAAGAUGCUCCUGUCCGACUGGCCAAAUGCUCUCCUGAGAUCAAGCAAGGUUGUCGACAAUGCUUGGAUCAUGGGCAUGACACGCAGCACCAAACUCUCCUCCUGUCUGUCUGAUUUGAUCACAGGACAUCUCCACGGAGAACGAGGAUUGACUCUCAUCGGAUAUGGUGUUGGCGCUCGCGCGAUCUACCUUACUCUGACAUACUUGGCCGAGCGAAAGCUGUAUGGCCUAGUUGACUCUGUCAUCUUGAUGGGCGCCCCCGUUCCCGGCGACACUGGUACCUGGACUGCCCUGAAGAGCGUCGUGACGGGCCGUUUUGUGAACGUCUUUGCGAAGAACGACUACAUGCUGGCAUUUGCGUCACGAAGUGGACCCAGCUAUUUUGUCGACCUGGUCAAGGCCAGCACACUCAGGGACAAGGACGAGGACGCGGACGCGGGCAUGGUCCUGGAUUUUUCGAGAACAAGGAAAAUACCCAGCCACAGGGCCGUGGUGGCAAGUAUGGUCGCAACAACAGCGAUAGACGCCUCGCUGGUCAGGUGGGAAAGAUGA